UUGAUCCAAACGGGCUAAUUAGCGGUGUCUGCGCAAUUACGCACAUGCGCACUGGGCGUAAUCUCAGCCAUUUUUUGAAGGAAACUAAUUAGCAGGAAUAAAGAGCCAAGUGUUUUUCCCCCCACAGUGAUCAGAACUCAUUCUACCUCCGGAGCUCGCACAAACCCCUCCGUCCCCCCAUCGCGUGUUUACUACAGCCUCUAUGUAGCUUUAAUGACACUGUUGUUUGCUAACAACUCGGACCCUGCUGCCGCCGCCGCCGCCGCUGCUGCUGCUGCUCGCUCUCCCUCUUCCCCGCUUUUCCUUCUCCUCUCCCCUGGCUCCGUAAAGAACUCGGAUCUGCCCAAAAAGGAAUGAGUGGACUCUCUACGCGAUUGUUUUGUGGACUACUACACAGCCAGCGUUCGGAGCUUUGGACCAGAGCCGCUGCGGAAAUGUGGGGUGAUGAUGCGUGCCUGCUGUAGUCUCCGGUAUGGACAGCGGUGAGGGAGGAGGAGGAGGAGGGGAUGGAGGGGGAGGAGAGGAGAGAGAUGCUGACCUCAGUCCCCAGGCUUUAUCUCUUCCUUUCCUGACCCAUGCGGUCGUUUCAGAGCAAGGGUCAUCCUCUCAUACCUCAGCCGUGGCCCCUGCCAAAGAGCCCCUGACCCUGCCACAGCAGGAGGAGGAGGAGGCAACUGAGGGGUCCCAGGCUCGAGGGGAGACCCACGGAGAGGAGCUGGGCAGCGAUCAUCAGCAGAAGCAGGAAAACAAAGCGUGUCACAAGCAGGGAAAGAACACAGACUUUGGGGAAGGAUAUUUGUCAGGGCGAAGAGACGUUGGGGAGGCACACAAAGGUGUGGGGAAAGCGUCGGAUCCAGGCCCCCCUCUAAAUACUCCGAUCAGCGGCAUCGGAGUGGAGGAGAAGGAAGGGGAAGAGGCCAUCUCAAACCAAAGCCAAACCAAAUCCAAAUGUUAUUUAUUACCUCAUCAGAGCCAGCAAAGCUCUUCUUCCAGCACUGCAAAGGCCAGUGGCACCCUCAACAGCAAAACAGCCGCCUCUCCAAAGCCCUCCCCUUUUCUUUCCACCUCUCCAAAGCACUUCAAUUGUCCAUCCUUUUCUUCAGUCAUGCUGAGCGAAGGAGAGGCAAAAUACAUUAUAGGGGAUCAGGGGUGGAUUUCUGGGUCUCCUAAGAGCUUUAAAUCCCAGCAGCCGACGCUGGCUCUUCCACUGGCAGAGACAGAGCCUUCCUGUACACCUGCUGAGGAUGAUGGGACAGCAGGGGUUCUUCACUCUUCCAUUUCCAACGGAGAUGGUGCCAAAGCUCCAGAACCAAAUGAAGGCCAACUUGACACGGACAUGGAUGAUGACAGAGACAAAGAGGGGGACUCUAAAGAGGCCGUCCUGAAGACCUUCAACCAAGAACUCUCACCCAAUUCACUGACCAGUCAAAUGACGAUAAUGCACUCGCGCAACUCCUGCAAGACGCUGAAAUGUCCCAAGUGCAACUGGCACUACAAGUCCCAGCAUACACUUCAACUCCACAUGAAAGAAAAACACCCAGAGAAUGGAGGUCAGUGUGUGUGUGGGGUCCCUGGGGGGAAGUGCGUGUGUGGCAGUGCAACACGUGGUGUGUGUGGGUAUUGCAGUUCAGGAAAACCCCAUCCUCGCUUGGCCCGUGGGGAAACAUACGCCUGUGGCUACAAGCCUUACCGCUGUGAGGUCUGUGACUAUGCUACCUCGUCUAAAGGCAACCUCAGCAUCCACAUGCAGUCGGACAAACACCUAAACAACGUUCAAAACGGGGGCCACUCCAACAGCCAGAUGCACACUGCUCAUUUGUCAAACAACAGCAGUUCAUCAAACGGUCACGCCCUAGAUGAGACGCCGUACAAGCUCCCACUGUCUUCAUCCACGCCGGCGUCCCUGCCUGUCAAGCCCACACCACCAGUGCAGUCGCACUCCCAUGGAAAGAGGUGGCGAUGUGAUGUUUGCGACUACGAGACCAGCAUCGCUCGCAACCUGCGCAUACACACCACCAGCGAAAAACACACACACAACAUGCUACGCUUGCAGAGAGGAUACUAUCUGUCCCACUGUAGAAGCCUUGCUCCCCAGCUCAAGCAUCUUCAGAACCCUGGUGCGGAGCUCUCGCUGAACAUGCGACUCACCGGUCAGACCGUCACAGAGCAGCCAAUCACACUUGGAUCUACCCUGACACCGUCCCCCUCCCCUUCACCCUCUCCUCCUCCGGCGCCAUCUUUAUCCCCGAGUGAAGAGCUCUCCCAUGCAGUGUUCCAGUGCUUAGUCUGUUCCUGUUUCUCAACCGACAGCUUGGAGUCAAUAGAGCAGCAUCUCAACACACCACGCUCUCUGCCACAGUCGGACUGGUGCUCCCUUGUCGCUGGCGGAUGCCAUUGCAGGCUGUGUGGCUAUACCACCCCACUGAGAGCUAAUUUCUCCCUGCACUGUCAGACCGAUAGACAUCGGACCCGAUACCAGCUCGCUGCUCAUCUUCAGGAGGGAGGCGAUAGGGGUCAGGAGGGCUCUGCCAUGAUUGCCAAAGGAAAUCCGGUUCAGCUGAGGUGCAACUUGUGCGACUAUAUAACCAGCAGUUUUGAGAAGAUGAGAGGACAUUCCCACAGUUCUCACCACGAGGCCAGUGUCAGAGUGUACAGAUUUCUGCAGCAGUACGAUGGCGAAGUGGAUGGCGGUUCGUGGUUAUUCCACUGCCUGUUGUGUAACCACUCAUCCUCUUCGAAGCUUCAAGUGCUGAAGCACAGUCAAACCCCAACACACCAGCAGAGAGAGGCGCUUCUCCAGCUACAGCCGAUGGACGGAGAGGAGCUGGCUGCCAUUUUUACCAUCAGGAGAAGUCAAGAUGGUGUCACAGAAGAGCUCAGUGAAGAUAUGGAAGUGCCGUGUAAGACAACAACAGGUCUUCUUGACCAAACCAAAGACAAACUGGGAGCACGGCAGGUCUCUCCAGAGUCAGACGAUUCUAUUGUGAAGGAGAAGAAGUGCUUGAUGAAGCGUCCAUUACAUGAUGAUGGCGAGAGCGAAAACUUAACCAAACGGCCCAGAACACACCAGCAAAAUGAGAACCAGCAGACUGUCCAGUGCCCUUUGUGCCAAGCGAAGGUCCAAUACCCACAGCUACGGCAGCACCUCACACAUAUCCACAGCGUCGCGCAGGAUUGUGUUGACAAACUCAUCAGCGCAGUAAAGCCACCGGCAGAGAAGCAGCAGCAUCAGCUAGAUACCGAGCAGCAGACUGAUGCGUGUGAGGAUGACGCUCAGAAAAGUGAAAGUGUAAAGACUGACAAAGAAAAUGCCCCCAAUAACAGUCUGACAUCACACACAAAAGGAGAGAAAACGGAGGGUGAUGUAGUCGCAUCCAAAGAUGUCACAGCUCUGCUCACCCCUCCUCUGGAAGAAAAUACUGGUCACCCUUCAAAUGAAAGACUGGCUCCUCAAUCCCCAACUCAGACCCCCCCUUCCUCACCCCCAACUUCUCCUCCAAGUGAUCCUCCUCCCCAUUCUGAUCGCCAUGGUUACCGGUUUCGUUGCAGCAGGUGCAGCCUUGCGUUUCCCACUCAGGAGAAGCUCCAGCUGCAUUGGCAGUACCAUGCCAUGAGGGCGGCGACAGAAUGUCCUCUCUGUUCUAGACAAUGUCGCAGUCAGGAGGCCCUACAGAGACACAUCCAAAACACCCAUUCACAGACGGAUGCGCAAAGUCAGAGCGUGCCCUUACCGUCUGAAAACGGUCAAGAGAACAAUAAGACCACAGUUCCACGUGACCUCAGCUCAUCACCUGAAGUGGGUCAAGACGCAGGAGUAGGAGAUGAUGAAGGAAUGGAAGAAGAAGUAGUUGGUUCAGAAAGGAAUGAGGAACAAGAAGAAAUCAAAGAAAGGGGCUCAACUGGCGGAAAUGAGAUUGCGGUGGAGAGUUUAACUGAGACAGAAAAGGGGCUACAGGAGGACUCAAUAACUGAACUGGGCAUCAGUUCUGUGGCAAAAAAGAGUGCGAAUCCAACCAUGGAUCGCUAUCUUGAUCCGUCUAGGCCCUACAAGUGCACCAUAUGUUCUGAGUCAUUUACUCAGAAAACAAUUCUUCUUGUUCACUACAACUCUGUAUCCCAUCUUCACAGAGCCAGAAGAGCUUUGCAAGAGUCAAGCACAGGUGUUUCUGCACCUGAGGCCCCUCGGGGCCCAGACCCCAGACCAUACCGCUGCAAAUUGUGUGGCGUGGGCUAUAGUCAAAGCUCCACAUUGGACAUCCAUCUACGCUCAGUUCUUCACCAAACCAGAGCACGUGCCUCCCAGAAUCCUGCCCCUCAGACUCCACUUUCUGGUGCAGGUUCCACUAAUGCUUCCACUACGGCUCAGAAAGCUACCAGUAGCGAGGAGGGAUACAAGAAUUUGACUGUAACCCAGAGGCAAGAUGCAGCAACGCCAUCGACCUCUUCACUUGCUGGCUUUACCAACAGCGGCGAGAAUCUGCAUGAUAAAGCAAAAGUGGCGGAACUGAUCGCUUCUAGAAACCAGCUAAUGCUGCUACAACAGCAACAUUUAGCCCAGGCCCAGGCCCAAGCUCAACUACAACACACUGCCUUGCUACAGUCUCAAAUAUUGCAGCAUCUUCCGAUCGGCACUGAAAAUCUUCUGCAGCAUUUAAAUUUAGCACCGGACAACUUGCUCGCUCUGCAGCAGCAGCUUCUUCUACCCUUUUACUUGUCUGGAGAGAUGAAACCCAAUUCAGAUUCUGCUAUUAAGAGCCCAGAUCUUAGCAAGUUGGAGCUCACUAAAGCUACUCCACCAGAAGAUGUCAAGGCAAAAGCAAAAAGCCAACUACAUGAGGUGGAUGAAAAACAAAUGGCAGAUCAAGUGGAAAGUGCCAACAAUGUACCUUCCACAAAGCCGACAGAGGCGAAAUCCAAUUCGUCUCUAGAGGAUGACAAAGAUACAUUCGAUAACAAUAAGAUUCUAACUGAGAACAAAGAUUCUACUUCAGGUAAUGUUCAUGGGAUCCAAUGCCCUCCUCCUAGAGUGCCAUUCGCUGCAGUGAAUGGAGAGUCUCUUCGAGCUUUGUUGCAGAGUUAUGGCUAUGAGUUAGCGCUGCAGUAUAUACAAAACAGGCACAGACACCAGCAGCAAAAAUCGAGCCAAGAGAAAAACGAGCCCUCCGUUACUCACAACAUGGAGAAUAACUCUGAGGAGGAAAAAGAAAAGUUGAAAGGACUACUGAUCGAACAAGCCGAGCUGUUUGACAAGGACAGUGAACAGAGAAACUGUCAACAAGACAAAGAGAGCCAAACACAAAAACAGCAGAGUGAACAGGAUGAACUGACACACAAAAAGAAAGAGUGUUGUGCUAAUGGUGAGAAGUGCAAGGAGUGUGGCAAGUUUUUUUCUGAUGCUAUGAUUUUGAAAAGCCAUCAGGAAUACUUUCACAGGGUCUUGUUUCCAUCUGCAGCGCUGGAGAGAUUCUCUAAAGAAUACAGGCUGCAGUAUGACCAGAUGUACCCCCUUGCAAAUUCUACUAAUGAAAAUGCCACUGCUAGUAGCCAGCCCUCAUGCGCAACUACACCGUCAGAAUCAGAACCUACGGUGGAAGAUACUAAAUCUCAAGUGAAAACAAACACACAGAUUCCUUCAUCCUCAGCUUCGGACUCAGCCUCUCCAAUCGACAAGUCAUCUGCUCAAACUCCUCCCUCUUCACCUGAACCUCAACCAUCUCCAAAACAGGACGCUGACAGCAUGGGUCCUGGUACGUCGGCGACUUGUCAGAACACAUCACCAGCGAAGGCCUUGCCCCUUCCUCUUCCCAAAAUACCCAUGAUCCCUCUGCCUAUGCCCCAGCUACCAAUUCCACCACUCCCGUUGGCAAAGCUUCCCCUAACAAACUUGCCCUUUCCUAUGGAGCUGCCCCUUAUUCCACCAGUCGUGAUGCAGUCGAUGGCUCUCCAGCCUCAACCCUGGCUGGAUUCUAGUGUGAACCCAGAACUGGCAAAACUAUUCCAGUCCCAACUUAACCCAGCUCUUUUGGGCCAACAGACACAGAUGAGUCAAGCUAUGCUUCAUCAACAGCCCCAGCUCAGCCCUGCGUUGCUAGGUCAGUCCCCCCAGCUAAAUCCUGCAUUAUUGAGUCAACCAUCCCAACCCAGUCUGAUCCCGUCUGGACAACAACCCCAAGUAAGCCCUUCAAUACCCGAACAGCAGGGUAAAAGGACCCGUACAAGGAUAUCUGAAGAACAGUUGGCUGUUCUUCGAAAACAUUUUGACAUCAACAGCCUCCCAAGUGACGAUGAAAUUAACAAAAUGGCUGUUGAAUCUGGUUUGCCACAUAAAGUCAUCAAGCAUUGGUUUCGAAAUACUUUAUUCAAAGAGCGGCAGCGGGACAAAGACUCCCCUUACAAUUUUAACAAUCCGCCCACAACGGAACUUGAGGAGGGCAGGGAUGAAGCAGCGCAAAGCCGCAAUCUAUCUGUUUCCCCAUCUUCUCUUUCGCCAGCUCUUCCGACCAACACGUUACAACAAGCCCAGGUGACAGAAUUCCAAAGAGGAGACCAUCAUAGAGGCAGAAGGUCCUCUCGCACACGCUUUACAGAGAAGCAGCUGGAGACUUUACAGGGGGUGUUUGAGGCAACCCCCUACCCCAGAGAAGAAGAAUAUGACAGGUUGUCUGUUCUUCUGUCUCUUCCCAACAGGGUGAUUGUUGUAUGGUUCCAAAAUGCCAGGCAGAGAGCCCGCAAAAGCCAGGAUAGAGGGGCUGAUGACGACUUGGAGGGAAGAAAACAGUUUGACUACACUCAAAGUAAAAAAAAUGGGUGCUACAAAAAUGAAGACGGAAAUGUUGAUAACAGCUGCGGGGAUGACGGACACAAUGACUCAAACAAUGAGAAUUCAAUGGAUCUAACAUAUGAGUAUUACACACAUGCAGAGUCUCCUGCUCCUGAUUCUUCUCAGUGUGCAGAAGGUCUAGCGCCCAGAGAUGAACACGUGCCUGUUAAAAAGAAGCGAGAAAGUAAAACAAGCUCACCAAUGGACAAAACUUCUACUGAAACUAAAAAUGGAAUUCCUGCAGUGGAAGAGAAGGAGCAAAAGGACUUACCAACAGUGUCUCUCCCGCAACCUGUGGCCCAAGUAUUAGCAGAAAAUACCGCCAACAAAAUUGAGUCUCACUCUUCCAAAUACACACCAAACACUGUUCCAAAGGCCAAGUCAGUAUCAAAUGCCAGCCUGGGGCUCAUGCAUAGUCCUCCAGCUGACCCUGUGGUGGAAAAGCCAGCAGAUAUAUCACCCAGCCUUCCUACUGCAGUUGAGUCUGAAACAAACCAUAGUUGGCAGUCUGGACUUCCCUCUGAGAGUCAACUACAAAAGCAACAUAAACCUGCAAACCAGACUCAAUUUCAAUGUGGCCUCUGCCCGAUGACCCUUACAUCGAUUCAACAUUGGCAGGAGCAUCAGACCAGACAUCUGUUGGCUGCGCAGUCCCAAGUUCAACUACUCCAUUCUGGCUUUACCGAUCGAACUAUGCCUUAUAUGAUGCUUCACCCAAACCACACUCUUAUGGCCAGCCAAAUGCUUUCCGGUGCUAUGUCCCAGAUGAACCCCAAUGCUACGCAUCCCUUUAUUUCACAACUAAACAGUAUGCAAUUGAAAAAUUCACUUCCUGAUCACUCGAGCAACAACCUCACUAGCCUUUCUCAAGGAUCCAUGACCCCUAUGAAGCAAUGUUCAAAGGUGAUGUCAGAGAUGAGCUUUGAUAGUCAGAGGUGUGCCAAAGAGGCUGAGGAAGAGCAUCGAAGAGAUAAACGCCAGAGAACGACGAUCACACCGGAACAGCUGGAGGUGUUGUAUCAGCGUUACAGCUUGGACUCUAACCCUACGAGAGGAGUCCUCGAGGGCAUUGCACGAGAUGUGGGCCUUACAAGACGUGUUGUUCAGGUCUGGUUUCAAAACACAAGAGCCAGGGAGAGAAAAGGACAGUUCCGGUCGAUGGGACCAGGCUCCAGUUUCAGUCUGGGUUUAAACCAUCUCCGCUGUCCGUUCUGCAGGGCUCUCUUUAAAGUAAAGAGUGCUCUCGACGCCCAUAUGAGGUCGCGACAUUGGGCAGAUGCUGAACGAGCAGGCUAUAACUUGUCAAUGGCUAACGGCUUACAUGGUCAGAUUUCAAUGGCAAUGUCCUCAACAAUGGAGAGACCCAGUCCAUCGAUCUCCUGCAACCCAAACCCAAGCUACAUGAGCAACGAGUUAUCAGUGAAGCCCCCUUUUUCCUCGCCUACCGAUCAGAACAACCCGCAGGAGGACGAUGACUAUGAGGAGGAGGAUGAAGAGGAUUUCCAGUCUGAGGAGGGUACCAGUAUGGGUGACCAAGGGUGUCUCAGCCCAGAAGGUGCUGGAGGCCCCAGUCCAGACUGGGGUGACACACAAGCUCUGCAGCAACACCACCAGCAGCAGCAGCGCCAGAGGACACAGAUGAGCCACUUCCAGGUCCUGCAGCUGAGAGACUUCUACAGGAGCCACCGCACGCCCAACCGGCACGAGUGCGAGUCUCUCGGACAGAAGCUGGGCCUACCUCACCGUGUCGUGCAGGUGUGGUUCCAGAAUGCCAGGGCCAAGGAAAAGAGGGCCAGGAGCAUGAGCUCGGAUACUGCAGAUCGAGAACAGGCUGAGCUGACUGCAGUGGCAGGGGAGAGGGACAGAGCUUAGAAGGACAGACUGGAUUCACUUUGCUUUUCUAUACAUCUCCAAAACUGGUUUUGCACCUCCUGUCAGCUUCUAGGCCGAGUGUCACACUUUGCUGCCAAACAUGUAACCAGAACACCCCAAAGAUAACAAGCCGUAGUGGCCCAAAGAGAACCUGUUUUAAGUCAUGGACUCUCUUAAACUACAAACUUUGUUCUUUUCAUAUUGUUGCCAAACGUUGUCUGGUCUGUCCUUUCUUGUUGCAAAGAACUCCUCUCCCCUCUUCGUCAGAUAACCUUCUUCAACCAAAAGCCACCUUGAUGAACAAAAAAACCAACCAGAUCACAAGAGGCCAAAGAGCAUUCUCCAAGUAUGUGACCUCACUGCCCAGCUAGACCUGCAGUCUACCUCUCAGUCUGCACGACUGACAUUGGGCCCUCCACCAGACAGUGCUAGAUGACUAGCUGUGUAGCAUGUAGUUCCGGUCUCUUCGUGGCCGGGAAAAAAAUUGUCAAAGAGAUUUUAGUGUAAAUAGAGAACUCCAAAAGAUAAACUUGAAGAAAAAAAACAAACAAACAAACAAGCAAACAGGGGGAAAAGAAACAGAAUAUCCUCGAACUAGAUUGAGGUAUCUGCAUAGAGCUUUUGUAAAGACUGACUCAGAUUCCAAAGCUCGUAACCAAAAUUUUACAUGUCUGUGAAUUUUUGUUCCAUUUUUGCUUUUAGUAACAAACUGCAGAGCUGACGUCUGUACGGUGAACGGCGUGAUCUGCAGCUGGCGUCAGUAAGCUGAAAACCAAUAAACUGAUCGAGCGCCAGACUGCAGCUUCACCCACCACAAGCCAAUGAUAAGUCUUCUGUCGUACAUGUACACAUUCUAUGUCCUCUUAGUUGAUAAUAGCCCAAAUAGCACAGAACAUAAAGGUGGGUUUGUCCUGAAAAGGAUGAACUAUUUUUAUAGCACUCCACCACCAUUAUACUGUAUAUGAAAAUUUUAACCAAACUCAAAUUUACGUUGUGUGUGUUUAGUAAUAGUUUUCCUAAUAUAAAAUCCUAUGAAUUGAGAUGAACUGUCUUGCUUCGAUAUAAUAGUGUCAUGAUUAUGAAAAGAUUAUGACAGCUUUGAUAUGUUCAGGCAAGGACGUACUGCCUUUCUGUCCUACUUAAAUAUACCAAUGGCUUACCAAUGUUGUGUAAUAAAUAUAAAGCUUUCUGUGCUCAGGUCAACAGCGGAACAUGGCUCCACUUCAAACCCGAUCCUAGCAGCCUCUGUUUUUAAAACGGAGCGACAUGGUUUACCUUGACACGUAUUCCACGACACCUGUAUUUCAAAGAUCUGAGCUUUUCACCACCGAGUAAUAGAUUGUUACUUAUUGAAACUGAAGUGUUAAAUUGUGUGAGGGGUAAAUGUACAGUAUUUAGCUUUUGUAUGGUUGACUCAAGACUUCAUUGGAUGUUUAAACAGCUCCACUUCCCUCCUUCAGAAAUGGAGCUACUGCUUGGAGCAGGAAAAAAAAAAACUAUGUUAUUGAUGUUAUUUUUGUACUCUUUAAUUUAUUCCCCCCUUCCCAUCUUUGUUCUUACUCCCCUUCUCCCUGUGUUCAUUUGCAACCGGUCCUUAUUCUAACUGUAAUAAUAAUAAUAUAACAAUAAUAGCUAAACAAUAAUUAAUGCUUUAAGACAAAUAUCCAAAGACGUGAAAAUACUUUAACCAUGUGACCUACAAAAAUAAGCGCUACUGUUUACUUGACGAUGUAUUGCUGUUUUUAAAGAAGGAAAGAGUCCCUGUAUCUAAGCUACUGUUUCUGCCUCUCAAUAGCACACUGGAGACUGUAACCAAAACCCCAAACUAGAGCCAUGGCAGUUUGUAACAUAGCGGUUGAAGAGUUUUACUUCUCUUGAGAAAUGUUGACGUUUAUUUUUUAUCCGUUUUGUUAAACCAUAGUGUUGAACUCCAGCCCUUAAGGAUGUCCAGUUUGCUGCUAAUGUACUGUAGUUUCUAACAAUACUGUAGAAAAAUGCAUGCUCUGAUCGCUUUACCACUAGGCUUUAAUGACUACAAACUGUAAUGAUACCUGUGAUGCUGUUGAUUCUACUGUUAUUCUGUCAAAACAAAUGGGCAUGUGGGGCUUAAUUCCUCUGGAUUAUUUUUAAUUGCCCAUAAAUUGCUGAAAUUCCGAGACGAUAAAGAAGCAGUAUUUUUUUGUUGUUGUUCUCGUGUUUCCCCGAGUGAUCAGAUACAGCUUAGCCCUUUAGAAUGAGUUAAGCCCCACGUCUCCUCCUGGUAUGCUUUCCGUGCUGCAUUGUCUCUAGUCCCUCGGACCAGCGUGAAUAUCUUUGCUGAUCUCUGACUUAGAUAUUACAGCCAACUUUCCAAAGGAUGUGAACCGUUUUAUUUAUUUAUUUUUUUUCUGUUCUUCAAUUCAACCAAUGUUUACGACAAUACCAAUGAACUUUUCGUCUGUGCAGAAAUGUGCAUUCCAAAAACCACAAAGGCAGUUUUGUAUACCAAUUGCUUUAACGUUCAUUUCUCUUGUAUUCUCUUUGUGACUGUAAGAUGUACAUACUGGAGGGGGGUGGGGGGGUCCUCUAUGGUGAAAGGACGCCGCUAUCCUUAUUGUAGGUAAAACUAUUUUCUUUUUUCUGGAUAUGUUGUUGCCAUAGUGAUGACCAAAAAGAUACCUGUGAUGUGCACCUGUCCUUAUGUCCUGCUCCAGUGGUUUAAUGUGUCUCUAUACUCCUCCUCUUCCCCCUUUCUUCCCCGAUGGUGUGUUUUUCUUCCUUACCCCUCCCGUACUCCACUGAGCUAAAUAAAGUCUGCUUUGGUGCACGCGCCCGCCUCAUCUCUUUGGUCUCCCAG